AUGGGCUCACAUGCAGCCCAUCAUGGGCACACAACAUCCAGGCCAACAGACCUCUUCGGCUUCACGGAAAAGGAGUACGAUGAGGAGCCGGAGCUUGGACAAACUGGCCUCCGGGCUCUGGGAACCACUGUACUGGCUUCUGGAGAGCUGGAGUUCGAUGAGGAUCUCACUGCAAUCAAACACGACGAAGCCUUGUAUAGCGCCGUGAACACCAUGAAGCGCCACAAGACCAUAACUUACGAUGACAUUGUCUCUUCCCGAGGGGUUCCACAGAAUGUCUUCCUGGAGUAUGUGAAGUGGGAAAUUGACACGGAGAACACAUUUCUGGAGCUGCCGCUGACAAUCGUAGUGUUAGUGUCCUUCACGAUACUCGCCACAAACAUACUGCACCAAGAGCAGCUGUAUGCUAUUGAGGAGGCUUAUGAGCGAGACAUCAUCGAGAAUGCGAACUUUGCAUGGAGCGGUAACUUUGGCCACAAAGGGAUUGAGCAGGUCUUUUCCGUGGCCGACUUCUGGUCAUGGAUGCGGCUGGGGUUCCUUUCCCUCUUGGGUCGGUCGCAAUGGCUCUAUAGCGAAGCUGCUCCUGAUGUGUUUGGAGGUCCUGUCACAGCAGGAACCUCCUACAACGUCAGCUCCUUGCCACAAUCCUGGUUAUUUGCAGGCUAUCAGAAACCCACGCCGGUUGCAAAUGAUUAUUUGCAGUACGCAAAGCUCGUAAGCGGGGUCAGGAUGAGGCAGGCGGUUUCAGCUGCCGACUCGCAGUAUUGCAUAUACCCAAAUGCCUUGGACCCUCAACUCCAGAAUGAUUGGCUGCGGAAGCCCUGCUUCCCAUCAGAUCUUGGUGUGCUUUCUCCUGAAUUGCAAGAAGCAGAAAACUUCCAGGAACUCGUCCGUGAAGAGUUUUUGUUUCCAGAUCUUUCAAGCAUGGCCGAGAUGACCCGAAAGCUGCUGGACAUGGAGGAUGGUUGCCACUAUGCCUCUUUGUCCGGAGGCCAAGACAGCUGCCUGUGCAACUGGUGCAAGGUGCAAAGCCCACUGCAGCCCUGGAUAGAUGAAAGGACAGCGCGCAUUGAAAUAAGUAUGCUGCUGUUUAAUGCCCAGUAUGGAGCCUACACUUAUGUGUCUGUCAAUUUCAUGCUGAAUCGUGGAGGGCACAUCCACGCCUUCAUGCACUGCUUAUCAGCAUUUGUCAGUCCAUUUCUACGGCCUUUCUCUGAGCUUGUUUUGACAAUCAUCGCAGCGAUUCUGUGGAUAGCUGCACUGCUGUACGCAGCUGUCGCAGAGAUCUGGGAAAUGAUUCACACGGUACGUCACUCCAGCAAUCGCUUUUACCGAGCAUUGUGGCAAGAAUACCUGGGCUUUUGGAAUUUCGUUGACUGGGCAUCAGUGCUUGUUGGAACCCUGACCAUCGGCUUUUGGAUACAAGGUCGACUGGCAGUGGCUGCACUCAACGAGCUACUGCCCUCCAUGAUUCAAGCCAGCCUUGCCCCAGACGCAGGGUACGAAGCGACUGCAAGAAGCAUCUUUGCGCGGGCCGAGGUGAUGAGUAAAGCCAAGAAAGACACGGAGUUCCAGAUGAUGAUCUAUCCGCUGAUCAUCAUGCUCAGGAUUUUUCGAUCAUUUGAGGCGCAGCCACGGCUGGCCAUAGUGACGGCUACCCUGAAGACCGCAGCUCCGGAUUUGGCCCACUUCUUCAUGAUCUUCUGGUGUGUAUACUUCUGCUUCGUUGUAAGCAGCCUGCUUUUUUUUGGCCAGGAUCUUGAAAGCUUCAGCACGCUUGACAGGGCGCUUCACACUUCGUUCCUUGCAAUGUUCGGGGACUGGGAUUGGCUUGGGAUGAGAGAGGUUGGUAUGAUGAGAUCAGCGGCCUGGUUCUGGCUCUUCAUGAUUGUCAUGGUCCUCUUCCUACUGAACAUGCUUCUUGCCAUUAUCAUGGAUGCCUAUCAAGUAGAGAAGUUCAAGGCCUCUGAUGCCACAACGCUCUGGCAGCAGGUUCUGGACAUGAUCCAACGUCGGCGGCAGUACCAACGCGGUGAGCGAGUGCGGCUCAGCGAUGUGUUUGAAGUCUUUCGGAAAGAGUUCAAAGGCAGAGAAAAGGAGAUGAUGUCAAGCGAGCGGAUUAUCUCUGUGGAGUAUCUCGUGACGCACGUUACUCGUAUGCCUUACAAGCAGGCCUACAAAACUCUUGUGAAUGCUCUGAAGAGAGAUGAGGAGCUGAGCAAUGGUUUCAUGAGUGAGGAGCAGGUGAACAAGCAAGUGGAGUCCACACUUGACACCUUCGCUGCCAAGAUUGCCGCAGUCAGAGAAGAUGUGGAAUUUGUUGCAGAUCAGCUCGACUUCUGGGACCGCCUUCAGGCUCCAGGCGAUUCCGAAUAUGAUUUCUACUUUGGGGCCGAAGGCCACACUCCUGAUGAGGCUUCCAAGCUCUGGAUACACAAUUCCAUCUCUUCAAUUUCUGUCGAGCUUCAGCAUCUCUUCAGCCGAGGGUUGCAAAGGAUCGGUGUUUGGCAAGACGAGUUUGAGUGCGAGCAGAGCGAGCUGAACGAGAAUCUCUUGGAGGUACACCAAGUCCUGCUGCAGUUGCAGGAUGCCAUAGUGUAUCUGCAAAUGAUUGUCGACUCCAUGGACAACAACAAGGAGGAUGUGCCCGGUGAGCCUCCGGUUGCCCCAUGA